AGCCCGGGCUCAGUCAGCGCCGCCGCCGCCGUGAAUAUGGAGCCCCCGGGCACCCUCACUGGGCCCCGCCUGGCAGCGAGACUGCUGGUGCUCACGCUCCUGCUGGGAGCGCACCCAGGUACCCAGGCUGAGGUGCGCUUAUCUGUGCCCCCUCUGGUGGAGGUGAUGAAAGGGGACUCGGUCACCCUGGACUGUACCCUCUUGGAGGCCCUUGACCGUUUUGUGCUGGAAUGGUUCCUGCCUGACCCUUCUGGGGUCCGCCACCUGCUGGCGUCGGCCGAGUGGCAGGGUUCCCAGUUCCACAACAAGGUGCAAGACUCCAGGGGCCGCAGCACCCCCUACCUGUUGGACUCCCAAGGGCGCCUGGUGCUGACCGAGGCCCAGGUGGGCGACGAGCGGGACUAUGUGUGCGUGGUGAGGGCGGGGGCCGCGGGCACCGCGGAGGCCACCGUGAGGCUCCAUGUGUUCGCCAUACCAGAGGCCACCGAGGUCGCCCCCAACAAAGGAACACUGUCUGUGAUGGAUGACUUUGCCCAGGAGAUCGCCACCUGCACCAGCCUCAAUGGGAACCCAGUCCCCCAGAUCACAUGGUAUCGGAAUGGGCAGCUUCUGGAGGUGCCUAUGGAGGUGAAGUCAGAGGGCUACACAACCAGCCGCACUGUGCGGGAGGCCUCGGGGCUGCAGUCCCUCACCAGCACCCUCUACCUGCGGCUCCACAAGGCCGACCGGGACUCCAGCUUCCACUGCUCCGCUCACUACAAGCUGCCCAACGGCCGCCAAGGCCACCUGGAGAGCCCCCACUUCCACCUCACCCUGCACUAUCCCACGGAGCACGUGCAGUUCUGGGUGGGCAGCCCGGCCACCACAGAGGGCUGGGUGCGCGAGGGGGACCCUGUCCAGCUGUUCUGCCGGGGGGACGGCAGCCCCAGUCUGGAGUACACGUUUUUCCGCCUUCAGGACAAGCAGGAGAACGUGCUGAAAACAAAUUUUGAGGGGAACUUGACCCUGGAGGGGGUGCAGCGGAGCCAGAGCGGGACCUACGGCUGCAGGGUGGAGGACUACGACGCGGCGGAGGACGCGGAGCUCUCCCAGACCCUGGAGCUGCGUGUGGCCUACCUGGACCCCUUGGAGCUCAGCACCGGGGAGGAGCUUUUUUUGCCCCUGGGCAGCAAUACUACUGCCAACUGCUCUGUUCGAGGACUGCCUGCUCCUGCCCUCCGCUGGACCAAGGACUCGGUACCCCUGGAGGACGGCCCCACACUCUCACUCAACAGCAUCACCUUCGACUCCGCGGGCACCUACAUAUGUGAGGCCUCCAUGCCCACAGUGCCCCUCCUCAGCCGCACCCGGGGCGUCAAGCUGCUGGUCCAAGGACCCCCGGAGCUGAGGCAGGAGGAGACUCAGCCCCAGGCGGAGGGCAGCUGGAGGGAAGGAGAUGAAGUCACGCUGAUCUGCUCUGCUCGAGGCUACCCAGAACCCAAACUCACCUGGAGCUCUUCGUAUGACCGUUCAGCAGAACCAGCCCCUGGGGGCCAGGGCUGGGUGAGCAGCUCCCUGACCCUGAAGGUGACCAGUGCCCUGAGCCGAGAAGGUGUGUCCUGCACGGCCUCCAACCCCUAUGGGAACGCUCGGCACGUCUUCCACUUCGGCACUGUGACCCCCCAGGCUGCCCAGGCCGGAGUGGCCGUCUUAGCCGUGGCCGUCAGCGUGGGCCUCCUGCUGCUUGUCAUUGCUGCCUUCUACUGCAUGAGACGCAAGGGGCGCCCUGGAUGCUGCCGGAGCGGGGAGAAGGGGGCUCCGCCACCUGGGGAGCCAGAGCUGAGCCGCGCAGGGUCAGAGCGACCAGAACAGACUGGCCUUCUUAUGGGAGGCGCCUCUGGAGGAGCCAAGCGGGGCAGUGGGGGCUUCGGAGACGAGUGCUGAGCCCUGGGGACUCCUAGAAGCCUCACUGGACCUGGAGUUGCAGGCACCAAGAACCAACCCUGCUCAAGCCUCUUCCCGCCCCCUCCUUCCCAUCCUUCCGCCUUCCCUCUCAGUCUCAGUCGGCCCUCCCUUCCUUCCUCUGCUGGCUGGGGACCUCUCCAGCGCCUGCCUGCCUGCCUGCCUGCCUGCCUGCCUGCCUGCCUGCAGGGAGGGAGAGAGGGUGGUGGGAGGGGACCUUCCUCCUGGGAAUGUGACUCUCCCAGGCCCCAGAAUAGCUCCUGGACACAAGCCCAGGGCGGGGCCUGGGACAAGGCUGAGGGUCGGCCACUGGCUAUUUUUACCUCCAGCCUCCAUUGCUGUCCCCCACCUGACGUCCUACGGCAUAGUCUUGACACUGGAUCCCCACCCCCACCCCCUCAUCUGUGGACACUGGAGUCUGGAAUAAAUGCUGUCUGUCACCUCGACACCA